AUGGAUUUCCCUCCGCUGGGCCACCUGCGUAUCGCAAGCCCCGACGAUGUUCCUCGCAUUAGCGUCGUGGCAACUGCCGCUUUUCGAUACUCUCCUCUGUUCGAGUGGGAACGUCCCAAUCAUGCAAAGUACCCCGAAGACACACUCGAGUCGUACCGCGCCCAAUUCCUGGAUGCCAUCCAGAGCGACGAUCAUAUAGUCUUAGUCCGGGAGGACGCUUACUUGCGCGAUGAAAACAACAAGACAGCUGCCAUCAUACCGGACAACACCGGUUGGACUGCUCCCAAGGCUGGUGAACGGGUCAUUGUCGGUGUUAUUUCCAUUAAACUCGACCCAGGCUCUCCUCAUGUUGGUAAAUUGAAAAGCAAUAAUGGUAACGUCACUGCUUUUAUUGCAUUCAUUGCCUCUUUAACUCCUCCUAUCUCAAAAUCUCAACAGGAAUUUUCGUCUAUGGUUACAAAUCACUGUCGUUAUCUCGCAACUCCACAUAGCCUGAAUCGAGACUUAAACCAACGCCACUAUGACGAGUGGGGCCUUCUCUCUGCUACCGCCAAAAGGAAAAACAGAGUCCACAGACACUCCACCAUCAGCAUGAUAGUCGUUCACCCGGCAUACUGGAGACGUGGCCACGGCACUCAGCUGGCAACAUGGGCUAGAGACCUCUCAAGAAUGGACAGGAUCCCUCAGUGUGUCAGCGCUGCGCCCAUGUCCCAGUGUCUGUUCAUGUCUCUGGGAUUCCGGGAGAUCGACGCAAUUGUGGCUGAAGGAGAUAAGGAUGACCCUAGAGGAGUCAAAACACUGUUGCUGGAGUUCGGACGCGAAUACCGCGGCGAGCCUUACCAACAUAUGAUUCUUCGUUGGAUUGUCAAGGUUACAAAGGACUCACUGGUGGGGCUGGUGAGGUGGACACAGCGUACGUUGAAUAGGAUGCAGGUCCAGGGGAAUGAGAAAGGGGUUUGGUGA